AUGCCAAACAAGCGUAAGCGCGAUGUUCCCGCGAUCCCGGACAUCACCGAGGACCCGGCGGAGCGAAAACGAGUACUGGGCGUGCUAGCUCAAAGAAGAUACCGCGAGAGAAAGAGACAGCAAUGGCAGGCUCUGCAGGCUCGGGCGGAGAGUCGCUCUGGAUCUGACGACGGGCAACCCCAAGUCGAGGACGCUUCGCUGGCUUCAAAAGCUGCUGGUGAAACAAGAACGAUGUCAAGUUCGACUGGGGUCAGUGUCUCACACGCAGUGGAGGAUAUUCCUUUCAACAGCGAAGGUCCUGGGGCUUUCCCUACCCAAAUCAUGCCCGAACUCAUUGAUCAAAGCAUGGAUCUUAUUCCAGAUGCACUUUCUCCAAGCCAGUUUCUUGCGUUCCCGCAAUCUGCACUAUCGCCUUUAAUUUCUGCUCAGGAAAUGCCCACAAUGCCGUUGUCUGCCGUAGAGAAUCCAUUUUCCUGUUAUUCAGCACCAGCCUUCUUGUCGGAUCUGCUGCCCCCAUUUCAGUCCACUCAGAGCACCAACAGCCCCGAGGGCGAUUGCAGUCUCUCUGACCGGCUGCAAACAUACCAGUCCUCGACAUUCUCCUUCCCAGACGAUCAUAUGCUGGAGAUCCCCUCUCUCACGCUUCUCAAUGCGGCAAUGAAGGUAGCUCAGCGGUUGAAUAUUGCCGGCAUGCUGUGGGAUCUCGCGGCCAUGAGCCCAUUCUACCAAGGACCCGAGAGCCAGACGAUCUCCUCGCCACCAUCUCUCUCGUCCGGCUCCUCAUCUCCAUCCUCAACGGCAUUCAGCUCAAGCGGCGGACCCGACGAUGUCAUCGAACUUCCCCGUCAUCUCCAACCGACCACCUCUCAGCGGCUCAUCCCUCAUCAUCCCAUCUUGGAUCUCCUUCCCUGGCCGAGUACCCGGGAUAAACUCAUCCAGGUGUUCCAUCUACCGCCGGAAAUGCGUCCAAAGUCUGCGCAGGAUCCCAUUGGUCUUCUUCGAUUCGUCUAUGAUAUGGAAGAUGUCAGUGGAGAAGGAAUCAAAGUCCGGGGUGGUAAUCCGUUCACCCCGGAGGUCUGGGAGAUCGGACAGGUGGUUUUCGAGCGGUGGUGGUGGGCUUUUGAUGGAGAGAUUGUCGAGCGCAGUAAUUGUGGUUUCAUUAGUCAUCUCCAGGUUUUCUUCCCUUCGGAUGCCCCUGAUCAAAUACUCAGACCUUCUUUUGAACCUCAUCUGAUCAACCUGGCUGGUGCUGGCCUGGUCUCAGCCCAGAAUACCGUCACCUCCAUGUUGAUCUACGGCGCAGACCCACAGCCUCUUGUAGCUUCCAUCGUGGGUAAUGAUGCCACCGCAACAACAUACAGCAUCAAUUGUCCCCCAGGCACAGAUAGCUCCGACUGCGGCAUGGGCCCCGGCCUGACCCUUGUCGCCGGCCCCACGACCACCGUGUUGAAGAUGGACGAGCCGGAGGAGGAUUUCCAUUGGACCGUCAACUGCUCUGUUGGCGGAACGACCACCGCCGUGUGUACCGAGACGGCCAGCGGCACGGGGGCGAAUUUCCCCGGGGUCAGUGCCUCGACCUUUUCCGACGAUCUGCCUCUGAUGAAGGUGACUAUUACUUGCUACUACGGCUACGGCUACGGCUUCUGUCACUUCGACUGCCGCUGCCUCUGGAAAGUCUACUGCGUCGGAGGAUGCAAGCAAGACUUCUUCGGCGGGUUCGGCCAGUGCUUCGGCCCACAGCUCUUCCGCU